AUGGCCGAUCCAACUGCUCAGAAACCAGUUGGCUGGGCAGACUAUCACAAAGGCCUAAUGCAGUACUCCGGAAUCGACAAGGCGGCCAUCUACAGCACAGAUCCACAGUAUGCCAACUCGCCCUGUGCCAGCUCUCCAGGUUUCACGGCCUUGCCCAAUGAAAUCGCUUUCAUCCUUAAUUCUUUCGCCGAUACCAAAGAUGAUGAACCCAAGGAAGUACAAACGAACGGAUUUUCCUUCGCUGGCGAGAAGUACUUCUUCGUAAGAGCAGAUAAGAACCCAGAUUGCCUCAUCGGUCGGAAGCAAAAGGAAGGAAUCGUCAUAUAUAAGACCUCCUCUGCUCUCUUUAUCGUGCACCACCCGUCCGAUGUCUUCACGAACAAUGUCAACGAAUAUGUGGACGGUUGGGCUAGAUAUCUGAUCAAUGCUGAAAACGCUCAGGGUUGA